AUGUUCACUAAACAAACUCUUCUCGCGUUCGUCGGGGCCCUGGCCCUGGCCGCGGCCAAGACGACCACUGAGAAGACCCCAACUCAAGCUGAGAUCGAUGCAGCCCGUGAUACGGUCCUUCCUUACUCCCCUGUGUCAAAUGUCAAGGGGUUGGCCUUCGAUCGUUUCGUGAACAUCUGGCUAGAGAACACAGAUUACGAAACCGCUGCUUCAGAUGAGAACUUGGCUAAGCUGGCUAAGGAGGCCCAACUACUGUGCUUCUGCCGGGGGGACACUUUCGGCAUGGACAGUGAUGACUUCCUGCAGAUCCCCGCCAAUGUCUCAACUAUUGCCGAUCUGUUUGACACCAAGCACAUCGCUUGGGGUGAGUACCAAGAGGACAUGCCCUAUGCCGGCUACCAGGGCAUGCGGUACCCCCUCAGCGGCCCGAACCAGUACGUGCGCAAGCACAACCCGCUAGUUCUGUACGAUUCGGUUACCGACGAUGCCGUGCGCCCACGCCAAAUCAAGAAUUUCACCACUUUCUACGAGGACCUAAAACACCACAGCCUUCCCCAACACAUGUUCAUCACACCGAACAUGACCAACGAUGCCCACGACACCGACAUCACUGUGGCCGGCGACUGGGUCGAUCGCUUCCUGCCUCCCCUGCUGAAGAACGAGCACUUCAACAAGGAUAGCCUAGUGUUGCUCACCUUUGAUGAGGGUGGUAACUACUCCCACCCCAACCGGGUCUUCAGUUUCCUGGUUGGAGGUGCUAUCCCCAAGCACCUGAAGGGUACCACCGACGACACUUUCUACACCCACUACUCAAUCAUCGCCUCCCUGUCUGCUAACUGGGGUCUGCCCUCCCUUGGCCGCUGGGAUUGUGGCGCCAAUCUGUUGAAUAUAGUCGCUGAGAAGACCGGCUAUGUCAACUGGGAAGUUGAUACCAGCAAUGCCUACAUCAACCAGACCUACCCUGGCCCUCUGUCUACCGAUAACUAUUCCUCCAAGUGGCCCGUUCCUGACACCAAGGGCAAGUGCUCUGCUGGUCAUGGUAUCGCAGAGGUUGUGAAGAAGACCUACCACGGUCUUCAACCUACCUACGACUACACCAGCCCUGUGCCGUACAACGCGGCCAGUGGAAACAACGUCGGCAUCAAGUACCACCGUACUCUGAAGAACGGUAAGACCGAGUCUGGUAUCACCGGGUAA